AUGGCUGCAAACCAAGGGAAUGCAGUAAAUAAUGCUGCCAAUAAUGCUCAAGGAGCAGCAACUAUUGCAGAGGUCCCUGUUGUACAAAGACCAAUGACUCAAAGAGAUUAUGUACCUCCUAUAGUUACAGGAUUGCAGCAGAACUCUAUUGCAGCUCAAGCCAUGCAGGUCCAAGCCAUAUGCAAUAAUUGUGGUGGUCCUCACCAAUUUGAGCAAUGUAUGGCAGCAGAGCAAGGAAAUCUGCCUAGUAAUAUUGUAGUGAAACCAAAGGAGCAAUGCAAUGCAAUAUUCUUGAGGAGUGGUAAGGAAUUAGAAGAAUUCUAUUUUUUGAGGUGGUGUUAUCUCACUCUUCCCCAACAGCAUUCACUAGUUAGUUUUGAGCAUCACAUCAAGAUCCCAUAUCCACAGAGGUUGCAAAAGAACAAGCUUGACAAGCAGUUUUCCAAGAUUUUAGAUGUUUUUCGAAAGCUUCACAUCAACAUUCCUUUAGCUGAGGCAUUUGAACAAUUGUCGAGUUAUGUGAAUUUCAUGAAGGAAAGUUUGUCAAAGAAAUGGAAACUGGAGGACUAUGAGAUAGUGGUACUUAUUGAGGAGUGCAGCACAAUACUCCAAAAGAAACUGCCUCCUAAGCUUGAAGAUCCGGGUAGUUUCAUCACUCCUUGUACCACAGGGAAUGUGGAUUCUGAGAAGGCACUCUGUGAUUUAGGGGCAUGUAUGACAUUAAUGCCUUUAUUUCUCUAUAGAAAAUUGAAAUUGGGAGAAGCUCUCCCUACUACCAUGUCCCUAAAAUUGGCAGAUCAUUCAAUUAAAUAUCCUCGUGGAGUGAUUGAGGAUGUAUUGGUGAAAGUGGCCAAAUUCAUCUUUCCGACAGACUUAAUUAUUCUUGAUAUAAAGAAAGAUGAAAAUAUUUUUAUUAUUCUUGGGAGACCAUUUUUAGCUACUGGAAGGGCGCUAAUAGGUGUACAAAAAAGGGAAUUGAAGAUGCACGUGCAACAAGACAAGGUCACAUUUAAUGUUUUUGCUGCAACAGAAAUUCCCACUUGA